UCCGGCGUCGCUUGUGUAGGUGGGUGGAGAAGGAGCGGGCCUUCGCCGCUCUGACUCGCUCCCUCGCGCUUUCUCGGGGAACAUGGCGGGCGUGGAGGAGGCAGUGGCCUCCGGGAGCCACCUGAAUGGCGACCUGGAUCCAGACGACAGGGAGGAGGGAGCUACCUCUACAGCUGAGGAAGCAGCCAAGAAAAAAAAACGGAAGAAGAAGAAGAGUAAAGGGGCUGGCGCAGCAGGGCAACAGGAACCUGAUAAAGAAUCAGGAGCCGCAGUGGAUGAGGUAGCAAGACAAUUGGAAAGACAAGCAUUGGAAGAAAAAGAAAGAGAUGAUGAUGAUGAAGAUGGAGAUGGUGAUGGAGAUGGAGCAACUGGAAAGAAGAAGAAAAAGAAGAAGAAGAAGAGAGGAUCAAAAGUCCAAACAGACCCUCCCUCAGUUCCAAUAUGUGACCUGUAUCCUAAUGGUGUAUUUCCUAAAGGACAAGAAUGCGAAUACCCCCCCACACAAGAUGGGCGAACAGCUGCUUGGAGAACUACAAGUGAAGAAAAGAAAGCAUUAGAUCAGGCUAGUGAAGAGAUUUGGAAUGAUUUUCGAGAGGCUGCGGAAGCACAUCGACAAGUUAGAAAAUAUGUUAUGAGCUGGAUCAAGCCUGGGAUGACGAUGAUAGAAAUCUGUGAAAAGUUGGAAGACUGUUCCCGCAAGCUAAUAAAAGAAAAUGGAUUAAAUGCAGGCCUGGCAUUUCCUACUGGGUGUUCUCUCAAUAAUUGUGCUGCCCAUUAUACUCCCAAUGCUGGUGACACAACAGUAUUACAGUAUGACGACAUCUGUAAGAUAGACUUUGGGACACAUAUAAAUGGUAGGAUUAUUGACUGUGCUUUUACUGUUACUUUUAAUCCCAAAUAUGAUACAUUAUUAAAAGCCGUAAAAGAUGCCACUAAUACUGGAAUAAAGUGUGCUGGAAUUGAUGUUCGUCUGUGUGAUGUUGGUGAGGCCAUCCAAGAAGUUAUGGAAUCAUAUGAAGUUGAAAUAGAUGGGAAGACAUAUCAAGUGAAACCAAUCCGUAAUCUAAAUGGACAUUCAAUUGGUCAAUAUAGAAUACAUGCUGGGAAAACAGUGCCCAUUGUGAAAGGAGGGGAGGCAACAAGGAUGGAGGAAGGAGAAAUAUAUGCCAUUGAAACCUUUGGUAGUACAGGAAAAGGAGUUGUUCAUGAUGAUAUGGAAUGUUCACAUUACAUGAAAAAUUUUGAUGUUGGACAUGUGCCAAUAAGGCUUCCAAGAACAAAACACUUGUUAAAUGUCAUCAAUGAAAACUUUGGCACCCUUGCCUUCUGCCGCAGAUGGCUGGAUCGCUUGGGGGAAAGUAAAUACUUGAUGGCUUUGAAGAAUCUGUGUGACUUGGGCAUUGUAGAUCCAUAUCCACCAUUAUGUGACAUUAAAGGAUCAUAUACAGCGCAGUUUGAACAUACCAUACUGUUGCGUCCAACAUGUAAAGAAGUUGUCAGCAGAGGAGAUGACUAUUAAACUUAGUCCAGAGCCACCUCAGCAUCUUUAUUUUCUAAGUUUUGUUGGAAUACAUUACACCAGAAUUAAUUUGCAACAUGUUGUCUGUUUUAACAGUGGACCCAUGUCAUACUUUUAUCCGUGUUUAAAAAAGAAGGAAUUUUAUCAAAGGCAAACCAUCUAAUGUAAUUAACCAAGGAAAAAGCUUUCAGGACUUUCAAAUGUUAACCUGUUUUUCCUCCCAUCUAGGAAAUGCUAUAAAGCGCAAAUUAGUUAGGAAUGACUUAAACAUUUCGUUUUGAACACGUAAGAAAUGCUUUUCGGGUAUUUAUAUUGCCAUAUUCUUACUUGAAUGCUUUGAAUGAUUACAUCCAAUUCUGCACCUAAGCCCUCUGGUAUUGCUUUUUAACCUUCCUGGAAUUCAUUUUCUAAAAAAUAAAGACAUUUUCAUAUCUGAGAGCUACAUUUCAAUGUCUGUGGUUAUAAUUCUGGACAGGAAAUAGCAAAACUUAAUGUAGGGGACAUGUAGAGACUUUUAUCUGGAUUGUAGACCUCUACACUGAGACUUUCUUCUGGCGUAGUGGUUAAAACAAGAUGUGUACAUGCAUAAAUAAAUGUAUGGCUUUAGGAAUAUUUUGCCUUUCUUUAUAGGACCAUAUGCUUGUCUUUCAUUUUCUUCCUUGACAUUGGAAAGAUGUACUAAUUGAAACAUGACUUUGUAGGAACAUUGUGCCAACUUGAAACCUUGGCGUUUAGAUCUUUUUCCAGUGGUAGUAUUUAUUGGGAAAUGAGCUUACUCAAAAAACCAAAAGGGCAUUAAAACCACAAAAGCAAAAAAAAAAAAAACUUUCCAUGUUUGGAUCUUAUUAGGCUUUUUCAUUAAUGAGCCAAACGCUGUUAACACCCUGCCCCUUGACUGGUUUGAAUUCAUUACAAGUGGCAUUUCAGGAAGUGAGGUUGCAGUUACCCUCCUUAUAGCAGCUAAGUAUAUUAAGUUGAAUAUAAGGAUGUAUAUUUACUUGUUUGAACUUAGCCCCACUACUGAUUCUUUAACAACUUGCUUGAAUUCUUAUAUGUAAAUAAUUUGAUAGGAAUGUUCCAACAUUUCAAAGUUGUUAUGUACCAAGGUAAAGGCCUAAUUUGUAUAUGCUUUAAACACAAUGAGAUUUUAUUGCCUUUGGGAUGCUGUUUUUAACGUUUUUCUCAUGGCAAGAGAAACCUGUGACUUCUGUACCUAGAUUCUCAUUUGUUACUUUAAAAAGCUGCUCUUUUCAGCAUUAGAGCUAUAAAUGAAUGUUAACCUUGUGGGGAAAACAAUGUAGUUUUUAGCUGUAUGAGCUAUGUUUUACUAUGGUGCUAAUGUUUGAUAGCUACCUUUGAAUCUUCUGUGCUUUUGCUUGUAGCAGAGCUCACUAAUUCAUGCCUGGACAUAUUAUAGGGCUUGGGCCCUCCAGCUAGCUCCUUUGGGGUUUUGAGUCCAUAUCUUUUUGAUGUGCUUUGGUGAGAAGUAUAAAGCAAGUGUCUUGAUUUCUAAACAAACCCAGGAAUUUUAGAACUGACCCCCUAUGGGUGAAGAAUUGUGGAGCUGUAUAAGACCUCUUCAGCAGUGGUGAUCUCAAUUAUGAGCUCCAAGCUCCCCAGGUAACUGUUGGGAGAGAUGGCAUGCCUCCAGAAUGGCUCAAAGUGAUAUAUCUUGUAAAUAGGAAAGCUGUUACUUAAAGAAAAAACUAUUGUUUGCCUACUAGCCAUGUAUCUCUUGAUAUUGUUAUGUUUACAAUGAUGUACCUUAUUGGUAACAAAUUAGUUUGAUGUUUAACAAUAGUGCCUUUAGUAAAUUAUUUUACAACCAAAA